AUGGGCGAAGGGCAAGAGUCAAGCGGGCGGGGAAAUCAGAAUACAGUGGCAUAUGAAAGUAUAGCUCUGCAGCCUACUAGUGGACAGCAGCAGCAGGAGCAGGAGAGCCCUCAAAAUAUACAUGAUGUUGACCAGCGAAGACAAUCCCUGAAUCGAGUACGGUUUUCGUCUGAUAUCGACCGCGUCGCCGAACAAACGGGAUCGAUUUCGAGAGAGUCAGACUCUGAUGAGACCUCUCCAGCGACGACGCCCGUUUCGGCUUCACUAGGGGUGCUUCCUACUGGACGCAACCGAGGCUACUCCCUUCGUCGAGCCCUCUUCAACCGGAAUCUCGUAACGCAACAACAGCCGGAAGAGCCAGACCUAGAACGAAAUGAAGCUUCUACUAGUGGACAGACCGACAAAAAGACCAUUGACACUGUUACAUCUCAGAAGGUCGCUACGGAAAAGGAAGACUAUUCCUUUCUACCACAACAUUCAGACUUUCUGAAAUCUACGACCUCCUUCCUGACAGCAAAGCCACGACAGACGUUUUCCAUUACCCAUACGAUAAACAGCUGGCUCGCACUUCUACUCUCCCUAUUCAAAACACACGUCCUGCGUAUCAAGGACAUCCCUCCGAGUGCUGACGGUCGAUAUGUUGACCUUGAUGCCUAUAACAGUAAACCCCGGAUCGAUGAGCGAACCGGCAAGCAUUAUGUAUCAAAUACAAUUCGCUCGAGCAGAUACAGCCUGUGGAGUUUUCUCCCUCGUCAGUUAAUCGCGCAGUUCUCAAAACUCGCAAACUUUUAUUUUCUAUGUGUUUCCAUUCUGCAAAUGAUACCCGGGUUGAGUACCACCGGUACUUUCACCACUUUAGCGCCGUUACUUAUCUUUGUGGGGAUCUCCAUUAGCAAAGAAGGAUACGAUGACAUCCGUCGAUACAGGCUUGACAAGGAGGAGAAUAAUCGAAUUACAUCUGUACUGCGUCCGUCUCAGGAGGUGCAAGAUGGAUCGUAUGAAUCAUUACCAAUGACAGCUGGCGAUAUGAGCUCAAAGGCCACAGAUCACCCGCAACCGUGGACGAAUGUCAAAUGGGUCGACAUAAAAGUUGGUGAUAUCAUAAAACUUGAACGCGACCAGGCCGUGCCAGCGGAUAUUGUCCUGCUACACGCCGAUGAUCCCAACGGGAUAGCGUAUAUCGAAACCAUGGCAUUGGAUGGCGAGACAAAUCUCAAGAGCAAAAAGCCAUGUCCUCUAGUUGCCAAAACGUUCAACUCAACUGAUGAUAUCAUCAAUGACAGAUCAACACACUUUGUUCUGGAGGAUCCAAACAUGGACCUCUACAAAUUUGAGGGUAAUGUCACCGUCGGAGGCGAAACCGCACCCUUGACGAACAACGAGGUAGUUUACCGCGGCAGCAUCCUCCGAAAUACCCAUGAAGCAAUCGGAAUGGUAAUAUAUACUGGAGAAGAGUGCAAAAUUCGUAUGAAUGCUACCAAGAACCCUCGCAUCAAGGCCCCAGCAAUUCAGGGCGUUGUCAACCGAGUCGUGGUACUUAUUGUCAUUCUGGUUCUUUCUCUUGCUGGUGCAUGCACAAUUGCAUAUAAAUACUGGUCACGCAGCACGGAACGCAUGUCUUGGUAUCUUGAGCAAGCAAAUGUUUCUUUCGGCCCGAUAUUUUCCUCUUUUUUGAUCAUGCUGAACACAAUGAUUCCAAUCUCGCUGUAUGUGACUUUGGAAAUCGUCAAAGUCGCCCAGAUGUUCCUACUAAAUGAUGUCGACAUGUAUGACAAGACAUCAAACACUCCAAUGGAGGCCAGGACUUCGGCUAUCAAUGAGGAACUUGGGCAGAUCAGAGGUGCUAACUGGUGCAGUUAUGUAUUUUCGGACAAGACCGGCACCCUUACCGACAAUUCGAUGCGAUUCCGUAGCAUGAGCGUUGCCGGAACUGCCUGGCUUCAUGACCCUGAUCUGGUCCAAGAAGCUGCUAACGAGACUACAAAGCAAAUACUCCUCCGCAGGCAAAGCAAGGGCAAGAAACCUACUCGUGCCAAGUCAUUUGGUGAUUCAAGCCAAGGUCGACCAUCGGCAGUAUCUAGACGGUCUGGGGUAUCUCAGGCGACUGCCCGUGAAUCUGGGACAUGGAAACCCGGCAAAAAGUCCCGUUUUUACAGUGGCGGUAAGACUACAGAAAUGCUGCAAUACGUCAAGCAAAAGCCUCACACGCUAUUUGCAGUGAGGGUGAGAUUUUUCAUCAUCGCUAUGGCCCUGUGCCACACUUGUCUACCGGAGUGCGGACAAGAUGGCGAGUAUACAUUCCAAGCUGCAUCGCCGGAUGAGGUUGCCCUCGUCACUGCUGCAAAGGAAUUGGGAUAUCUAGUCUGUGACAGACAACCAAACAGCAUCACAAUUCGGCGGUCGGAAGGCAAUAACAAGAGUAAUGACACGAUCGAAGAGACAUACGAAGUACUGGAUAUCAUUGAAUUCACCAGCUCACGGAAGCGCAUGUCAGUCGUUGUGCGCCUACCAGAUGGCAGGAUUUGUGUCUUUACUAAGGGUGCAGAUUCGACUAUCACAAAACUCCUGAAGCAGUCUUCCCUGGCCAUUGAAAAGAUACAUCAAAUCGAGCAUCGCUCCAAUGAACGCAAGGCAAUGGAAAGCAUGGAAAUCAUCCGCCGGAACAGUGAGCAUAUGUCUCGUGGCGGCAAAAAGAGCCUUAGCAUCCGUCGACCCAGCUUUGUAGGCCGGCGAUCAAGCGUUUCUGGCAAACCGGGCCCGUCUAUCCGCCAGAGUAUCGAUGUAUGGCUACGUGACCGCGAGACGGACGGUGGCUUAGAUAUCAAGGAUGACGAGCAUGAGAUGCAAAACUACAACCCGCGCCCGUCUGUCCAACUUGGCAAUGGAGGAAGUCCCCGGGUUUCGUUCCAAACCGAUGAUGGAAUGGUGGAGGAAGACCUGGUCGAUGAAUCCCUGGUGACUAAUGAAGCACUAGUAUUUGAACGCUGUUUCCAGCAUAUAAGCGAUUUCGCGACGGAAGGGUUGCGUACCCUGCUGUAUGCCUACCGAUUUAUUGGGGAAUCGGAGUAUAAGGAGUGGAAACAGGUGUACAAGGAAGCAACGGUCAGCCUUGUUAAUCGGCAAGAGAAAAUAGACGAGGCGGGUGCACAGCUUGAGACACAGCUAGAGUUAAUCGGUGCCACAGCGAUCGAAGACAAGCUUCAGAAGGGCGUUCCGGAGGCAAUUGAUAAAUUGCGACGGGCAAAUAUCAAACUUUGGAUGUUGACGGGAGAUAAGCGCGAAACGGCAAUUAAUAUCGGUCACUCGUGCCGACUGGUCAAGGAUUACUCGGCAGUCUUCAUCCUUGACUAUGAGACAGGGACUGUGAAGCAGACGAUGGAAUCUACAAUCUCAAGUCUCCGCGCCGGCGGGGUGGUGCAUUCUGUCAUUGUGGUGGAUGGCCAAACGCUAUCGGUGAUUGAAGGGGAUGAUGGACUCCGGGAACUCUUCUUCGAGCUGGCGAUCCGUGCAGACUCGGUGAUAUGCUGCCGGGCGAGCCCCAAGCAAAAAGCAUUCCUUGUCCGGUCGAUUCGCAAGCGGGUCAACGGUGCCAUCACCCUUGCGAUCGGUGAUGGAGCGAACGACAUUGCAAUGAUCCAGGAAGCACAUGUUGGAAUCGGCAUAACAGGCAAGGAGGGACUGCAGGCAGCCAGAAUAUCUGAUUACUCUAUUGCGCAGUUCCGGUUCCUGCUGAAGCUGCUGCUCGUCCAUGGACGAUGGAACUACGUGCGGGUGUGCAAGUAUACCCUAGGCACCUUCUGGAAGGAGACGCUGUUCUACCUAACUCAGACAAUGUUCCAGCGUUCUAAUGGGUUCACUGGUACCAGUUUGUAUGAACCCUGGAGUCUGAGCAUGUUCAAUACGCUGUUUACUUCGUUGGCGGUGAUAUUCCUGGGCGUGUUUGAAAAGGAUCUUGCCGCGAGCACGCUGUUAGCAGUGCCGGAGCUGUACACCAAGGGCCAGCGCAACGAAGGCUUCAACAUCCCUGUCUAUCUCGGCUGGGCGACGGUGGCGGCAUGCGAGUCAAUGAUGGUGUACUUUGUGAUGAUUCGACUAUUUGGCGAUGCUAUCUUCACGGUAGACAACGGCAUCUACGCCAUGGGCCUGCUUACUUAUUCGGCCUGUGUGAUCAUCAUCAAUGUCAAGCUGCAAUUUCUUGAAAUCCACAACCACACAGUGUUAACGUUGAUCCCACUGGUGGGAUCGAUAGGCAUCUGGUGGCUCUGGAACAUCAUCUUGUCAAAACAGUACAAGUACCACGCCAUCUAUAAUGUGCGGGAUAACCUUAUCCACUUCACUGGGAAAAAUGCUCUCUGGUGGACAACAUUGAUUGUGAUUGUGGCCAUCGUAAUCUUGUUCGAGAUUACCAUGGUCACAGUGCGCAAGACGCUGUGGCCUACGGACGUGGAUCUGUUCCAGGGGUAUGAGAAAGAUGGAGAUGUUAAGAGGCGUUUUGAAGAGGCGGCUGCUUCGGAGCUGGCGCAGGGAUGGGAAAGGCCCGGAAAGUAUGGGGGCAACGAUGACGACGGUGCCAGCGAAGAGGAUCACGAGCAUGAGCUACAGCUCCAGGAUCUCAUUGAACGGAGGACCAAGGAGGAGCAUCAACAGCCAUAG